UGCUUUACACUACGAGACGUAUUUCAUGUAUUUGUCGUUCUUACUUUUUAGUUUUUAAGAGUUUCUCAAAGAGUUGUGUUGAAUUUUUGUUUGUUCUUGGGACUUAAGCUAUUUUAAAAGAGAACAAGCUAGAAUUAAGUUAUAAAUCAUGUUGCAAACUGGUAAAGUUGAUUGAAAACAAAAGUCUCAUAACCAAAGCACCAAUAGUGAAAUCAGUAAGAGGACUUUUCAAUAAUCAAUAACCGCAACAAAAAAAAGCGAAGAAAAAUAGUGUAAAAAAGUAAAUCAAGCUUUUCUUCAAGCUCAUUACAAGGAAAGUAAUAAGGAAGUAAAGAAAUAUAAACUACAACAAAGUAAAUUUAUAGUUCGAGGCACGACGAAAAAUAUGGAUUUAAUUUUUGUUGACGUAAGAAGCGAUGCGACUUAUCUCUGAUAUUAAAAAUGACCAUUUUGAGCCUAUAAAUUUUAUUCAAUACACAGCAUUGAACUCAUUAAAGCGCUGGAGUGAAUUGAAUCGGUCAUCGCUUACUGCACCAACAGUCUACACACCACUCACACGUCAUCAUAGCCCAUAUCCCUAUCGUGAAGAUAUCAAUGGUCGCUUUAUUGUAUGGGAAGGUGACAUCUCACUGCUGAAUGCUGACUGCAUAACGAAUCCAACAAACGAGCGACUGAAUGACCGCAACAGUGUAUCAGAUCGCAUUGUUAAUCGCGCCGGAGCGAACUUGUUAGACGAGCUUAAACUCAUCAAGGUUUGUCGUAUUGGAGAAGUGCGUGUAUCGAAAGGACAUUCCUUGCCAGCACGUUACCUAAUCCACACUGUAUGUCCAAUUUAUAGUCAAAAAAAUCGAACAGCAUCAAUUUGGGCCGAGAAUACAUUGCAAUCGUGUUAUAGAAAUGUUCUGAAUAAGGCAAAAGAAUUAAGUUUACAAACGAUUGGUCUUUGUACGAUUAGUGUCGCUCAGCGUAAUUUUCCGUCCGAUUUAGAAGCGCACAUCGCUCUGAGAACAAUUCGAAAGUUUCUCGAAGUCAAUAAGCGUGAAAUCGUCAUUUUGUGUCUGGAACAGAACGAGUGUGGACUUUAUGAAGUUUUAGCACCGCUUUACUUUCCUCGUAAUCAACUUGAAGAGACAAGUGCUUUGUGGCAAUUGCCAAAGAACAUUUCAAACAUCACUGGUGAACUUUCUAUUACUGAUCGUCAAAUAAGAAUCACGAGGAAUCCACAACACACCAUCAUGAUGCUAGGAACUGAUGACGAUUCUGACAACAAUCCACAUGACUUUGAAGGCAACAAUUCUGAUUUAGAGACGGGAAAUGACGAUUUGCUUCACUUCAAAGGACACAAUUCAUUCACUCAAAUGCAGGGUGAUCUAGACCGACAACGUUUGCUUGGCGACCGACAUCGUGAUGGUGUCUAUGAAAGUGUUUUAGAAGAUGGAUUAGAAGGCAUUGAACAUCAGGAACGAAAAAUGAUGACGAUGGAAUCUAUUGACUUAAAUGAUAUCUCAGGUGCAAUUCAACCGCCAAGUGACAAUAAUGUUAAAGCACCAGUGUCUUUAGAACAAAUUCACAUUGAAGAAUCGGAAGAAAGAUACGAGAGAUUAUUGAGACGCUCACGUACCGAGGAUUUAUCUGAAGUAUCAGGCAUUGGUUGUUUAUACCAAAGCGGCUUUGAUCGUCUUGGUCGACCUGUUAUUGUUUUCUGUGGAAAAUGGUUUCCUGCACAUGAAAUAGAUUUAGAAAAGGCAUUGUUAUAUUUGAUACAGUUAUUGGAUCCCUUGGUCAAAGGCGAUUAUGUUAUUGCGUAUUUCCACACAUUAACAUCAACAAACAAUUAUCCUUCGCUUAAUUGGCUUAAAGAAGUCUACAGCAUCUUACCAUACAAAUAUAAAAAGAAUCUGAAAGCAUUUUAUAUUGUACAUCCAACAUUUUGGACGAAAAUGAUGACUUGGUGGUUUACAACAUUCAUGGCACCAGCAAUUAAACAUAAAGUUCAUUCGUUGCCUGGUGUUGAACAUCUUUAUUCAGUCAUUUGUAAAGAUCAAUUAGAAAUUCCAGCUUAUAUAAGUGAAUACGAUAUGGCCACAAAUGGUCUUCAUUACUUCCAACCUUUCAACAGCAAUGCUUUUGCGUCUUAAUACUUGUCAGCGCUCGUCAUUUAAUCAUAUUCAUUACGAAAAACAAAAGAAAAGCACCAACAGUGGCAGUAAAUAGCAAAAUGUGUUUGAUUUUUACGCAAAACAGUAUAAAUAUAUUUUCGUAGUUGUUAAAUAAAUCAUAAAAAAUACUUAAAGAGAAGUUACAUGAGUAAAUAGAUAAAGAUGAAGAAAGAGACGAAGGAUAUCCUGAUCGUAAGCAUUAAACUCAAAACUAGUUAAGUUUAUUAAUCCAAGAGAGAGUAGUUGGAAAAUAAAUUAGUUGAUAAAUAAUUCUUAUGAAUUUCGUUAAUGAAUUACGAUAAACAGUGAAAGAUCUAAAGUAAUUAAAACAUAAGCAACUAUGGCUGAGUUUAUGAAUGAAUAAAAUAUGAGCUAAUGAAAGUAAUUCAGGAUGGUGAAGAUAGAAGAGUUUCUUCAGAUUGAAAGACGUGAGAUGGAUUUCAUUUAAAUACAUUAAAAGAAAGUUUUUUGAAAGUUGACCUUAUAAUAAUGUAAGAUUGUAAGGAUCAAAUUUCCAAAAAAAAAUAAAGAAUAAUCCAAUUCUCAUCAGCAUUGAAGGCAAUUUAACGCCAUGUUUGUGAUAAUCGACAUUGUAUAAAAUAUUUGAAUUUAAUUCAGUAUUUUUUUUUAAGUUUUCAGAUUUGAAAAAAGAGCUUUUUGUGACUUAAGAAUGAUCAGAGACGAUGUGAAAUAAUUUUAAUUUAUUAUGAAAGGAUUCUGAGCGAGUAAUUGCUGCUUCUUUACUUUGAAAAUCUUUUAAAUGCAAGCAAAAUUGAAAAAUUUUCCUAUUCAAUCGAAUUUAGAAAUUAUAUUCUUGCAUAACACUUAAUCAUUCAUGAAAAGAAGUAAAAAAAUUGUAUCUUAAACUACUAUCUUCAAUUAAAAAUAAUUAAGUUUCGAAACUUAAUAACUAAAAAAGAAAAUAAAAUUGGCAAAAAAAUAUAUAGUAAAAUAAUUAAUAAUUGUAUCUUUGUAGAAGCUAAAGUUUCUCUUUUCUCAACUUAUUGACUUGUUUCAAUUUAAGAAAUAAAGAAAAUUGAUAAUCUAAAAAUUUUGAGCUUUUUCCGAUAGCUUUGGAAAAGAAAGACAAAAAGAAAUCACACGAAAAUUUUGAUUGAUGAUAAAAGUAAAUUUCCACAAUUCUUAGAUAGCUUAAUCAUUUUGCAAUGUAAUGAUGCAGUGUUUCAUGCUGAACCUGCAAGUAUCAACGCAAUAGUUCUAAUGAACGAUAAAACAUUUAAAAGCACUUGUUAAUUGUAAAAAUAAUGAUUUCGCUCUAUCAAAAACUAAAUCAAAGUAAAUUCUUUUUGCAUUUUGGUGAAAAUAUCUAAAAGAAAAUUUAGAAGUAAAUUUCGGAAGUAGUUUAAACUUUUUCCUAACUAAUCAUUCAGACGCUCAAAUAUGUCGACUUCCUAAUUCACAUUCGCCGCUAUUUAACUCUUAUUAAUUGUGUAAAAAGUGCCAAUUAUUUGAUGUUAAUUUAAAAAGAAACCUUUCUAAAGUUUAAUAAGUUCAUGUAUUUAGAUUUUAUUUUAAUCAACUGUUGAUCCCAUACGAUAGUCGCCUAAGUAUAACAAGAACCGUAAUGAAACUCGUUUAUGACGAUAGAUGUUGAGUACCUUUGAACCCUUAAAGCCACAUAUUGAGUAAAUAUUAUUUAUUUACUUAAAUAGAAGACAGGGUAACUCUGAUAAAUAUUGUUAACCAUUAAUUUAAUUAAUGAACUGCAGCUUAAAUAUCAAACAAACAAAUAAUGAAGAAAUGAAUAUUUAGUCUUAUAUCAAUAAAACUUAAUAUAAAUUGUUGAAUGUUUCUUUUAUUUGAUCGGAUUAGAAGAUAUUUAAAGAUGUUUGUUUACUUAUAGAAAUGCUUUGAAUCUACAAACAAAAAACAAGCAUUUACGAUAACAAAAAAUGGCGACCCACCAGAUAUUUAAUUAAAAGUUAUGCAACUUAUAAAGGUUUCAAAAGAUGAUACUUAGAUAAAAUGAAAUAUUAUUUACUGAUAGUGAAGAAAGCGAUGAAUUUUGUAAUCAUUUAGUUGAGUCAAUGGGAUCUGAAAAGAAGAAGAAAGCAAACCGUUCUAAGUAAUUUAAAACACAAUAAAGAGUUAAGAGAAAAUUCUGUAUUACGACUAUAUUAUAAUGUUGAAAUAGAUCAACAAAACAAAUAUGUUAAUUACAUUUAUUUAAAAUGAAACAAAUAUAAUAAAAAGAAUG